AUGAUGAUGGCUGUGCAUGGAUCAAAAAGAAGGGACAUGAAAUGGUUAAUUCCUGGAAGAUCAAGGGUUCUGAUAAUUUCUUUUCUUCUUCUUCUUUCAGCUUAUGUUACUUCUUCUCCUCAAUACACCGACCAAAAAACAGCACCAGCUUCAAGUAAUGAAACCAAAGGAGUUGGUGUUAGUCAUCAUGCUCAAGUAUUUUAUAAACACACUUGGCCGGGGAUGAAAUUCGGAUGGAGAAUAAUAGUUGGUAGCAUAAUUGGAUUUCUAGGAUCAUCAUUUGGAACUGUGGGAGGUGUUGGUGGAGGUGGCAUAUUUGUUCCCAUGCUUACUCUUAUUAUUGGAUUCGAUGCAAAAUCAGCAACAGCAAUAUCUAAAUGUAAGAAAAAUCUACUAUUUUAA